CGCGACGCGACGCUCGAUGCGCGCGUCGAGCGAGACGUCGGACGAAAGCGACGACGACGACGCGUGGUGCGCGUCGUGCGAGCGGUGCGGCGAGGUGUGCUUCGGGGCGUCGGAAACGCUCGCGAGUUUAGCGCUCGCGAAACAUCGGGACGGCGCGUGCGGCGCGCGCGUCCGCGGCGACGGCGACGGCGCGACGCGCGAGACGACGCCGAAGCGGGAGUACCAUCGCAAGUGCACGCUGUGCGAGAACUUCGAGGUGAACGAGGACGAUAAGAAGCAGUUCUUCGCGGCGUGGGGGCGACACGCGAACUCGGAGGAACACUUGCUGAACGCGGAGCGGCGACGAAGGACGAAGCUCGAGAAGAGGGAGCCGGGAGGGAGAGCGCGCGCGACGGUGGGGGAAUCGGCGUUGGAAUUCCCGACGAGGACGUGCGAGACGUGCGCGGUGACGAUUCGGGGCAGCGGAGAGGCGAAUUUGGCGAAUAAUUGGUUGCAACACGCGCGGACGAGACGACAUCAGGAACUGGCGCACGCGGCGAAGGAAACGGCGAAGGCGGCGAAAUUUGCGAGCGUGGUGGAACAGAAGGCGCCGCCGCCGGUGCGAGUGCGGAAUGUGUAUGAUGCGCUGGAAAGUGCCGGGAGCGAGCGAUCGGGGUCGCCUGCGCCGGUUUUCGACGACAGCGCGGAGAUUUCGCCGAAGCACGGGACGGACUCCUCUCCUAUCGCUUUAGACAAGUCCGCCGGCGCCGCGAGUGUGUUGGCGUACAUGUGCGAUAGGUCAGUCGGCCGCGCGUGGAGAGACGCGCGUCCGACGCUUGUGAGCCACGACAGAGUCGACGAGACGGCUCGAGACAUGGCCGUCUUGGGAACGCUGUUCGACGUUCCGAAGCAUUUUGCGCAAAACGAAUUCGUCGAUAAGAGAGAAAUGUUCAUGGACGUCGGCAUUCCGUUCUGUGGUCUGGUGUACGGCGCACCCGGGGCGAGUACGUCUCACACCGUCGAUGUACUCGUCGAAAACUGUUUGAUGCGUCAGGGAAUGGUUGACCCGCCACAGGACUGGACGACGGCGAUUACGUUUAGCACUUCGACGACCGACGCCUUUUCUAAAGAUGCAUCGCUUGCGAAUUUUCUCGGGUUAUCCGUCUUGAGUCUACAUUUGGAAACGCUCUGUGGCAAAAAUUCCAACUGUCGCGCGCCUAAUGUCAAAGUGCUCUCGGCGCCCAAACAUAUCGAAAGUCGCGCUCCAGAAAUCUGCGACGAGUACGAUCGGAAUGGUUUCGUCGGAAUGGUUUCGCCACUACUUUUCGGAUGGAAUUCGCUCACGAGCGAGCACUUGUGCAUUAUGCUCGGCAUAGAAGAUGACGAGCAGAUUUUGAAGAUGAUUCGUCACCGGACUUCGUUCAAACAAUUUUUUGAAGGAUUGUGCGACAGCUUUAGAGCCCAGAGAGAUGGAAGUCGUGGACAGUUACUCCUUGCGCGCGCGCAGCAAGUCAAAUCAUUCAUCUACGAAAACUACGAAAAUGUUCACGUCGAGGGCGUAGUGAUGCGCGUGUUCGAACAAGCCGUGCUCGUCGACGCGCUCAACGUCGUCGACGUGACGCAUUCGGAGUACGAGCCGGAUUUUGUAGACGCCAUCUUCCAAGUCGCUCUCAGCAUGUUUCAAAAAAUGGAUCUCCCGUUGAAACGGACCGCACGGAACCGACGCUCCCCACCGAAAAAGCUCAUCGUAAUCGAUGACGCGGAUCUGUUGCUCAGCCUCGGCUCGCGAGCGGGAUUUGCUGGUCAACUUGUGAACGCCGCUCGAACGAUGCAUCGGACAAACACGCGUCUCGUCGUCGGCACGACGAGCCCAUUCGCGAUUCCUGAGGCCCUCGUCGAGCUCGCGACGGUGCACGUUUUGCACCAGUUCAACUCUGCGCGCUGGUUUGAUCACAUUGCACGUAACGCGGCACUGCAGGAAGCCAACUUGAGCGACGUACGAAACCUUCAACCUGGCGAAUCUUUGGUUUGUGCUAAUAUGCUAUGCUACAAUUGGAGCGCGCCUCGAGCGCGCGCCGUCAAGAUGCGCAUCCGCAAUCGUCUCACGCGAGAAUCCGUUCGUGUUGUACGAACUCCGCUAGAAGAAGCCACUCACCGAUUCAUGAGAGACAUCGACGACUCACGCUAGAAGAGUCCAUUCAUGUUCGACGAAUCAUAGAUGCGCCGCUUACAC